GACUGCGCGCUGCUCCUCUUCUUCUCAGGCACCAGCACUGAGGACAACGAGCGUGCAUUUCAAUGAGCCUUCCUCGCCUAUUCACGUGUCUCAUGGUGGGAUCAGAUAGCGCCAGCCUGCUCGAGAUGCACCUCAACGCUACGAGCCUGCUUGUGAGCGCGUGGGUCGUAGUGGAGGCAGAAGUGAGCUUGGCUGGCAGGAAGCGCAGCGUUAAUCACGCAAUGAUCUCCCGGCUGGCGGUGCAGUAUGGAGUGGAUCGCGUUCAGCACGUGAUUGUACCGGCGGCGGAGAUGCACAUCGCAAACCAGUCUCUCCUGAGCCACCGCCUCGCUUUCGAGAAUGAAGCGCUGCAACGCAGCCGCUGCGCCUCAGCCGUGCGUACUCUGCAGGCUCAGCCGAUGGAUCAGGUGCUCAUCCUCGAUCCAGAUGAGCUUCCGAGCCCCGCGCAGCUCGAGGCACUCCGGCAUGUCAACGCCAACGACGACCACACCCUCUGGAGCCUGCCGAUGCUCAGGUUUCAUUACGACUUGGCUUGUCCGAGUGGUGGCUGGAGAGUGGGCAGAGCGGCAUCAUGGGCGCUCGUGCGGCGGCUGGCGGAGCAACAUCCCGAUCGUUGGGCAUACUACGUUCGUGCCACGGCUGCUCGACCUGCGGGCUUCUCUCGACUGCUGCGAGACGGCUCCCUGCCCAGUGCGUCGCCAGGCCUGCACAUGACGUUUGCUGUGACGGACGAGAACAUCACGCAGAAGGUCCUCUCGUUUGCUCAUACGGAGUUUGCGAGUGGACACGUCGCCAGCCGCGUGGGCGUGGCCGCGCGCGUGGCGGCAGGAUGCGAUCCGUUGAUGCGAGCAGACAAGGGCAGCCCGCGCCUCGCGUGCCACGCAAGAUGGAACGUGUCGCACAACGGGGCGGCGUGGCGAGCAUACAGUCAGCCUUGGAUGUCGAGCAUUGUGCACCAGUUUCUGCCUCACACAAUCAAGCGAGAGCAGUCUCGCGAGCGACUCGCGCUGCACGGAGCAGAGCAGACCGCCGUCUGCGCAGGGCUGUUUGGCGGAGGGCCCACCGGUGCACGGCUGCAGGAAUGGCUAGUAGAGCCAACUGCUGAUGCGACGCGGCUCAGACAGUGGCUGCACGAGCGACGCCCAAAAGCUCACGGGCGCCACCCACCCUUCCGGCCUCGCCAUGACCGUCACCUUCAGUCCUGACACGGACAUGGACAGCGUUCGCAUCGACUUCUCGUCGGAAGCGACCGCGAUUGUCCACGCCAUCGCCCAAGUGCAAGACAACGUUGAGCCAGGCCCCGCCGGCCUCUUGUUCCACUGAGGGGCGAUCAAAAGAGGAGUUGUUCCCUCGGCAUUAGUCGUAACUGGCCGGCGAUCGCAAUUCCCGGCGAGGUGCCGUGUCGACGGCGCGAGCUGAUAGCCCCCCGCUACCCAGUUGCACUCGUGCGACGUAGCGCUAGCGGGGGGGCAUGACUACGUUCUUACGCGCGUUGCAUCUUACAUAAGUUCCCGUUUUGGCCGCCGGGAACCACUCUCACCUCUGUGAAGCGACCAAUGUAGUGUGUCUGCCGCGGUUAUAUUUUAAUAUUACGUGAGACGCUCAUAUUGUG